AUGAGUCCCCUAAAAUUGGAAACCUGUAAAUCAUAUAAAACAUUGUUGUCACUAAAAACAGAGUUAAAAAACCAAAGCCUAACAACACUGUUAGCCGAUCACGACAGAUGUGAUAAGCUUAUUAAGACUUAUGGAGGCGUGACUCUGGACUUGUCUAGAGAGCUAUUAACUUUGGAAUCUUUCGAUUUGUUAGUGUCGCUAUGUAACGAACUCAAAAUUAAGGAGAAAUCAAUGGGCCUGUUCACAGGAGACGUCUUAAACUCCUCAGAACACAGACCAGUCCUGCAUACGGCCCUAAGGUUGCCCAGAGAUGAGGAAUUUCAUCUCGACGGACAGAACGUCACGCGGGAUGUCCACCACGUACUGGACCAGAUCAAGCAGUUCUCGGAGGACGUUAGAUCUGGCAAAAUUGUAGCGUCAGAUGGAAAACCAUUCGACAGUUUUCUGUGCAUAGGAAUCGGCGGCUCAUUCCUAGGAUCCUUGUUUACCACAGAGGCGUUUAUGGGAUACCCUCCCGCGCGAGAAUCAAGCAAGAAUAUGAAGGUCAGAUUCCUUUCAAACAUCGAUCCCGCCUCUCUGAGAUCAGUUACAUCGGAAUUGGAUCCAAACAGGACAAUGGCCAUCGUGACCAGUAAAACCUUUUCAACAAUGGAAACUAUUAAGAACGGGUACUCGGUUAGGAAGUGGCUCACGGACAACAUCGAAAAACCCGAAUUAGUAGGAAACCACCUGUGUGCUAUUAGCACCAAUGUGAAGUUGGCGUCGGAAUUCGGCAUCGAUGAAUCCCGAAUUUUUCCUUUCUGGGAAUGGGUUGGAGGAAGAUUUAGUGUUUGUAGCUCGGUGGGACUGGUACCACUGAGUCUAAUGUUCGGGUACGACAUGGUAGAAUUGUUUUUGAGGGGAUGCAGAGACAUGGAUCUCCACUUUAAAAACGAGCCCGUCGAGAAUAACUUGCCCUUCUUGAUGGCCUUGACGUCAUUUUAUAACUCAACCAUCCUGGGUUAUAACGUAGUGGCUCUACUCCCCUACAGUCACGAUUUAUCAAAGUUCCCCCAGUACGCACAGCAGUUAAUCAUGGAGAGUAACGGAAAGUCAGUAUCCAACUCUUCAGAAGUCCUAACUUACGAAACGUCUGAAAUAUACUUCGGCGAAUGUGGAACCAAUGGACAGCACAGUUUCUAUCAAAUGUUACACCAAGGCCGCACAGUGCCAUGCGAGUUCAUCGGAAUCAUUAACUCACAUAACAAUGACAAUAAACUAUUCAGUCGUGUAAAUCAUCAUGUCGAACUAAUAUGCAAUUUGUUCGGACAGUUGGACGGUCUCGCAUUUGGAAAAAGCCCAGGAGUCAUGACCAGUAAGGGCGUGGAUGAAAAAAUGGCAAGGUUCAAAAUGUCCAACGGCAACAGACCAUCACUGUUGCUGCUCUUUGACGAACUUACACCCUACUCAGUAGGCCAACUAAUAUCUCUGUAUGAACACAGAACAGCAGUUCAAGGGUUCCUAUGGGAUAUUAACUCAUUUGACCAAAUGGGAGUGGAGCUCGGAAAGGAAUUGGCUAACAACCUCAGGUCUCUGUUCCAGAAGGGAGUCGAAGACUUCAGUAACCAGGAGGACCUAGGAACCCUCAGUUACUCGACGACGGUCCUUUUGAAGAAGUUUAUGGAACGCUACAGGCCCGAAGAAUAA